GCAGCCAAGCAUCUGUCAUUGUAUUGUCAAAAAGAAUUGUGCACAGUAGCUAACCAAGUAUUAUUUUGUGGUUUUAGAGGAAGGUGGAGCUGUACUAAAGACAACAUUCUUUGAAUAAGAUCCUUUGUAUAGGCUCCAUCAUGUCUGACAGACCAGAUUUUGCAGAAAUUGAAACAUUUGAUAAGACCAAGCUGAAAAAAACGGAAACCAGAGAAAAAAACCCAUUGCCCACAAAGGAAACGAUUGAACAGGAAAAGAAAAGCAAAAACACACCCUGAAGUUGGAUCAGAAGACAUGGCUCAUACCUGCUGUGGAAUUUUAAGUUCUGCUUAUUUCAACCAUGUUAUUAAUUGGCUUGG